GUGCCAAGACACAGAAAGAAACAGGAGAAAAAGAAAGUAGAAGAAAGAAAGACAAAAAAAGUGAAUAUCAGCUCUAUUUUCAGCAACAUGACAUCAGCUGAACCACAGAAGAAGAUGGUUUCCUCUGUCUUCAUCACUCUGGCAUCCCCUUACAGAGCCACAAUCACCCAACGGCCACACAUACAACACAGCACCGUGGAAAAAGACACACAGCAAUCAGCUGUACCUGUCAGCCAUGGGAACGACUUCUCUGAAAUGAAGUUGGCUAAUACCCACAAAAAAGCUGCAGCUCUCUCGCAGGAUGGACAUAAUGGACUGCAGACGUCUCCACUGGCACCGACCAGCCCCAGAAACUCCCAGCCGGGAUCUACGCUCGGUUCCUCUGUCUCCGGAACAGAGACCUAUCCAUCUUCCAUGGUCGUACCUGGUUCAUUUACCUCCAGAAAUACAGAACUGUUAACAAGCAAAGUAGACGACAACACCGAAGAGAUUUUACCACCACCACCCCCUCUGCCGACACCCCUGGACUCUGAGCUCUCUGAGGACCCCACAGCACCCCUGCCCCCACCCCCAGUCCAUGGGUUCUCUCCUGCUCCUCUUCAGUCUGUCCCCCAGCAUGGACCACUAAGCGCCAAGUUUGAGACCAAAACAGCUGCAAAACAACAAGAGGACACACCUCCCCCUGGUGGAGUAAAACACAAUGAAGCAACUGUGGCACCUCACAGCAAUUUGGAACAGGAGGUGCACCCAGAGAGCAAAGAUGUCUGUGGAUUUUGUCGCAAAACUGUGGCUCUAAGUGAGCCUGCCAUAGAGGCUUUGAACAGAACUUACCACGCAAGCUGCUUCCAGUGCAGACAGUGUGAAGUCCCCUUAGCAGGCAAAAUAUACUACAAUAAGGCUGGAAUUCCACUCUGUGAAGACUGCUAUCAGGCAAGUUUGGAGCCCUGCUGGGCAUGUGGUGAAGUCAUUAAGGAUCACAUGAUACGAGCGCUGGAGCGAGCCUACCACCCACCCUGCUUUGUCUGUACAACUUGUAAUCAAGCUAUUGGUGAACAGAGGUUUGCACAGGGUGAGGUAGGAGAGGUGUACUGCCUACAGGACUACUACAGGAAAUACGCACCUCAGUGCAGCGUCUGUGCACAGCUCAUCAUCCCUCGUGAGGAUGGUACUGAUAGUUAUACAGUGGAAUGUCUUGGACGCUCUUUCCAUGAGGACUGCUACCGUUGUGAGGUAUGCAAAGUACUGCUUUCCCCAGAGCCAAAUGAACAGGGUUGUCACCCACUGGAAGGACAGAUACUUUGCAAACCCUGUCACCUGACACUGGUCCAAGCAGUGCAGCACUAA